AUGGAGUACACGCCGCCCCCUGCCAAGCCGCAGCUCUCCUCCCGGGCCAACGCCUUCUCCAUCGCCGCCCUGAUGUCGAGCGGCAGCUCCAAGGACAAGGAGUCCCCAGAGAGCACCAUCAAGCCCUUAGAACAAUUCGUUGAGAAAUCCUCUUGCGCACAGCCUCUGAGUGAUUUAUCCAGCCUGGACCCUCACGGGGAUUAUAGCAGUAGCCCUUCGUCGCUGUGCACUGAGCCCCUCAUCCCCACCACCCCCAUCAUCCCCAGCGAGGAAAUGGCCAAAAUCUCCUGCAGCCUGGAGACCAAAGAGCUCUGGGACAAAUUUCACGAACUGGGUACCGAGAUGAUCAUCACCAAAUCCGGGAGGAGAAUGUUUCCUACGAUCAGGGUUUCCUUCUCGGGAGUGGAUUCUGAAGCCAAGUACAUUGUGCUAAUGGAUAUAGUUCCUGUGGACAAUAAAAGAUAUAGAUAUGCCUACCACAGGUCUUCCUGGUUAGUGGCUGGAAAAGCUGACCCUCCACUCCCUGCAAGAUUGUACGUGCACCCUGACUCCCCCUUCACAGGAGAGCAACUGCUGAAGCAGAUGGUGUCCUUUGAAAAAGUUAAACUCACCAACAACGAGCUGGAUCAGCACGGCCACAUCAUUUUGAACUCCAUGCACAAGUACCAGCCAAGAGUCCACAUCAUUAAGAAGAAGGAUCACACAGCUUCUUUGCUCAACCUGAAAUCAGAAGAGUUCAGGACCUUUAUCUUCCCAGAGACUGUUUUUACUGCUGUCACUGCCUACCAGAAUCAGCUGAUAACCAAGUUGAAAAUUGACAGCAACCCUUUUGCUAAAGGAUUCCGGGACUCUUCCAGACUCACUGAUAUCGAGAGAGAAAGUGUGGAGAGCCUUAUCCAAAAGCAUUCCUAUGCCAGAUCCCCCAUUCGAACCUAUGGAGGAGAAGAUGAUCUUGGAGAUGAGAGCCAGGGAACACAAAGCAGAGGGUCAGCCUUCACAACAUCUGAUAACUUGUCCCUCAGUUCCUGGGUAUCCUCCUCAACCACUUUCCCUGGAUUUCAGCACCCCCAGUCUUUGAGCGCCCUGGGUACCAGCACUGCAUCCAUCGCCACACCCAUUCCUCAUCCCAUCCAAGGAUCCCUGCCUCCGUACAGCCGCCUGGGAAUGCCUCUUACGCCCUCUGCUAUAGCCAGCUCCAUGCAAGGUAGUGGCCCCACUUUCCCUUCCUUCCACAUGCCCAGGUACCACCAUUAUUUCCAGCAGGGUCCUUAUGCAGCCAUCCAGGGACUGCGCCACUCCUCGGCAGUGAUGACGCCGUUUGUAUGA